GUAGAUUUUUUUUUUUCAGUUUUUUCCGUUUUUGUUUUUUUAAUUCUUAAAAAAAGAAAAGAAAAAAAGUUGACUCCGGUUCGAGAUGAAGUCCCCAAUGGUCUCCUCCGUCGUUCAUUCGUCGUCGGAAUUGCUUAUCCUCUCUCUUCUUCUUCACCUCCGCCUUCCGACGGCCUAUUACUGAUCGGAAUCCACACUCUCUCCUUCGCCGAGCGUCAAAUGAAACGGCAUUUUCAAUAUAAUCUUUACUCUUUUUUUGUAGAUCUCAGUCUCUGAGUUAAGCCACUGAAGAUUAAUCGAAGACGAAUCAGGCAAGCCGAGUUUCGGAUUUCUAUCGAUUAGUUUAAUUCUUGCGAAUUCAUCAAAAUGAAACCUAAUUGGGAGCUUAAGCACUGCUGCAAUCACGAGCAAGUUGUGUUUCUGAUCACCGUUUCUGUUUGUACGGUUGUUAUAUUAGCGCUCUGGAGGACGAUACUGCUGAAACCAUUCAAACUUGUCACCGUGUUUCUUCAUGAGGCCAGCCAUGCCAUUGUUUGCAAGCUUACCUGUGGUCAUGUAGAAGGAAUUCAGGUUCAUGCGGACGAAGGUGGUGCUACGCAAACACGUGGUGGCGUGUAUUGGUUGAUCUUACCUGCCGGAUAUAUUGGCUCAUCAUUCUGGGGGAUGCUCUUAAUACUAGCAUCUACAAAUCUUCUUACUUCCAGAAUAGCUGCUGGGUGCUUUCUUGUUUCCCUUCUUGUUGUACUUUGUGUAGCUAAGAAUCCAAGUUUGUUGACUAUACUAUAUUUGUGCCUUUACGACAAUUUGCAGUGGACACUUCGCGGACUCUGCAUUGGAUUCAUCGUUUUUCUUGGUGUCAUCUGGGUCCUGCAAGAAACAACAAAAGUGCGUGUUCUACGUUAUGUAAUCCUCUUCAUUGGUGUAAUGAACAGCCUAUUUUCAGUUUACGAUAUUUAUGAUGAUCUAAUAUCCCGAAGAGUUCAUUCAAGUGAUGCCGAGAAAUUUGCGGAAGUGUGUCCUUGCCCAUGUAACGGUGUUGGAUGGGGUAUUAUUUGGGGUUUUAUAUCUUUCAUCUUUCUUUGUGGAGCUAUGUACCUUGGUCUUGUUAUCUUGUCUUGAGGUAAAUUCAGCUUCUCCUAGUCGACAAUUUGAUCACAUUCUAGUAGGAACUAAAAGUGCGUUUGAUUUCCACUUGACAUGGCCAGGCUCGGCUAAUAUUAUAGUUGAAGAUGAACAAACGUUGGGGGACUGUCCUCUUUGUAAUUCAACAAAUUUGGAGAACUCUGUAAUUUGAUUUUUAUUGAUUCAGAGUUGAAAAUUUUUAUUACCAUAGAAGCUGUAUGAGAAAUUAAAAGAACAAAUACAUUACCUUGAUUGUAAUUAUAAAGAAUCCCACAAAUAUAUUGAUUGGUGUUGAGGAAUAAAGAGGUAAGAAAAAAUCAUUUGUCUUUAAAUAGAAA